CCAAUAUGCUUUCCUUCCAUACUCUUCGAUCAAAGAUCUUCUUUCAUUUUCUUUUCCUCAAUAUUGCGUAUCGAGAGUAUAUUCGAGUUAAUCUUUCCAUCUUCCGUUAGGUCGAUCUCGAUCUCUUUAUCCCCACGUAAUUGGGCCUUAUCUCAAGAUAAACGGGUAUCCGUCAUUGCGCCGAGUCCGAAAAAGUAUUUCUAAGUUUCAGAAAUGGCGAAGACAAGAGGAGGAGGUCAAGUUGGUUCUCGUCGUAGUAGACGUAAUCAAGGCUUGGAGGUAGAGGAUGUUACACCACCAGUUGCUCCUGCAACAACACUAAAGGUGAAUAAGAAGGUGAAUAAGAAAAGAAAAUCAAAGAAAGUGGGUAAGAGAAGUAGUACUAGAAGCAAGAAAGUGGCUGCUCAAGAUGAUGAGGCUGAUCAGACUGAGAAAGCAAUGUCUGAAGAUGAGAAAGAAGAUUCUGAGAUAGAAGGAGAAGCUUGCUUGACUGGACAGGAACCGCAUGACGAUGAAGAAGAAGCUGCCAAUAUGGAAGAAGCUGCCAAUAUAGAAGGAACUGCCAAUAUGGAAGAAGCUGCCAAUAUCGAAGAAGCUGCCAAUAUGGAAGAAGAUGCUGUUGGCAAUGGUCAAGAUAAUGCGAUUCCUAGCAAUACUGAUGAAGGAAGUCAGGUUUCAGUUUCUUUCAUUGACUUUGGUGAUCAUGUUGGACCUGGUUCAGUAACAUUAUCAUCUUUUCUUGGUGUCCUUGUGAGUGAACACAUUCCGGUUACACUUGCUGAUUGGAGAAAACUUGAUGCAGUGACUAAAGAAACAUUGUGGGAAGAAAUUCAGGGGAGGUUUGACUUGCAAGAAGAAUGGAAAAAAGCUGUUAUUUUCAAGCAAAUGUGUAAUAUCUGGAGGGGUAGGAAGUCAAGGCUAGUGUCAAAAGUACGUGCUGCGAAGCCAGCUGCUGAGAGACUAGCUUUAAAACUCAGCAACACCCCAUCCAGUCAAGUUUGGAACUCUUGGGUUAGGAGCAAGACUAGCACAACUUUCACGGAAAUAAGUAACAAGUACAGGAAGAUGAGACAAAAUCAGAUUCCUCACACCACCAGCCGCAAAGGAAUGCUUCGUUUAGCUGAUGAUAUGAAAAAAAAGAGUUCAAACCCAAGUAAGGUGACUAGGAGUAAGGUAUGGAUUGCGGGACACACUCAUGCUGAUGGUAGACCUGUGAAGCCUCAAUUUGCCGAGACUAUUAAACAAAUACAAUCACUUGAUAGUGAAAUGGACUCUACAUCAGCUGCUGAUAACAUAAGGGAAGAUGCUGUGAGCAAGAUUUUGGGAAAAGACAAACCUGGACGAGUAAGGGGGUUUGGUAGAGGGAUUACGGCUACUAAGUUAGCGUUUCUGCAAUCUAGAGACGCAAAGAUGGCAGAAAUGAAAAGUGAGAUUGAUGAGUUAAAUGGACUGGUUAGAGACUUAGCUGGAAAGAAGAAAAGUAAUGGUGAUACUGAAACAUGUGAGAGUAGUGGUGGAUUAAAAGUAGAAGUUAGCGUACAAAUACUGGAUUGGAUUCAUGAAGGAGAAGUAGUUGUUGGUGAAGGAGAAUUAUGUUCUGCUGAACUGAUGUACAAAAUUGGUCGUAUACCAAUUGGUCCUAAUGCAAUGGCUGUCCUUGUUAAGUCUGUACUAAGCUCAAAAGCUUCUCUCUGGAGGCCUACAUCAGAUGUGUUAUAUCUUGAGGAAGCUGUUGGAUGCAAAAUACCUUGGCCAAUGGACAAAGUACUUUUGUAUAGGGAUCCAGUCACUUCUGAAGAUGUAUCCAUGGAUAAUGAAGACGAUGAGAUUAUUGCUGAAGGUCUCGUGUGCUCAUCUAACUCCAAAGAGAGGGUUAACAAUAUACCUCUAGGUCCAAGUGCUGUUAGUAUUCAAAUUGUGAAGGUGUUCAAUGAUAAUGCUCCUUUGUGGAGGCCAACUGCUGAUAUUAGUCCAAUUGGUGAUGCAAUUAACGAGAAAAUCGCAUGGCCAGUUCAAAAGAUUGAUGUCACGGCUGCAGCCACUCCAGAUGCAACACUACCUAAAGCAGUGAGUCCAGGCAGCAAUAGUUCCACCAAAAGUCCAAAGCAGAAGUGUUUUCUUUUAGAUUGCAGCAACUCUGGGCGUAAGGUAGCUGAAGGAAGAGUAAUUUCAACAGAUCGAGAAGAUACGUGCCAUCAUGUACCCCUAGGUCCAAAUGCAAGCAAGGUCUGUGUAGAAGUGGCUAAGAUUGGUAAUGCAAAGGUCUGGAGGCCAAGUUCAGAGAUUGUAUUUAUUUCUGAUGCAAUAGAACGGAUUCAUCUCCAUCGUGACCAAAUGGAUAAGACGUGGAUUUGGCUGCCAAGGAAUAGUCUCGAGUACUCAGAAGGAGCAACAAACUUAGCCAAUUCAUCAGCAAGAAGAUUGGGAAAUCUGUCUGAAAUGCUAUGCCCAUGUAGAGAUUGCCGCAAUUUAUGCCAUAAGUCUAUAGAUAAAAUUGUUGAGUAUCUAGUGAUAAGGGGUAUGGAUAAGAAGUAUAAGACUUCUUGUUGGAGUUUUCAUGGUGAAAAAAGAGCAUAUACAGAAGACAAUGCUCCUCAACAUGAAACAGAGGCAUUUGACUUGUUUAAGACAGCAUUCUCUAUGGGUGAAGCCUUAGGAACAUUGUUUGGAUGUAAAGUGAAAGGGAAACAAGCUUGCAAUGUAUGUGGAAAGGAUACACCUUCUAGAUGGCUUAAGUUUAGCCGUAAGUUUGUCUAUAUGGGGAAUAGAAAGAGACUACCGCCUGGCCAUCGUUACAUAUAUAAAAAAGCUUGGUUUGACAACACUGUUGAGGAAGGGAAUGCCAAUAGGAUACAAACUGGCGCUGAAAUAUAUGAGACACUACAAGCUUUUAGGGAUGAUUUUGGAAAACCUCUAGAUAAGGAAACUAAAAGAAAAAGAACUGAGUUGGAAGGUGAUGAGGUGGUUGAAGAAGAAGAGUGUGAAGAAUCAAAUGAUCUAUGGCGGUGGAAGAAGAGAUCAAUAUUCUUUGAACUACCUUACUCGAAGGAUUUGCCUGUUCGUCACAAUAUUGAUGUUAUGCACGUAGAAAAGAAUGUCUCAGAUGCUAUAUUGUCUAUCUUGAUGCAAAGUGCCAAGUCAAAAGAUGGUUUGAAAGCAAGAAAAGACUUAGAAGAUAUUGGAAUCAGAAAUCACUUGCACACACAGUUUAGAGGUCCUGAUGGUUAUUGUGGUAAUAUUGCGAAUAGUGUUUCAGUUAACCCUCCAAAUAUAGGGUAUUUAGCUGGAGAAUGCGUUGCAUUUUGUUUAGAGUUCCUUAAAGAUUCAAUACCAGUUCAAGAAACAGUUAAUCGCAAUGAAGAUAUUGCUGCUGAUAGAAGCGUGGUUGAAGGUCGACCUCUGCAGAAGGGUAUAGAAGUUACCGUAUCAGAUAAAGAUAGAGACAUUGCACAUCGCUAUGUGCUAAUGAACAUGACAUCUUUGGAUCCUUAUGUCGAAAUGCAUUUGGAAGAAUUACAAGCUAAUGAUGCUCGAUGUGCUAAAAAUGAAACUUUGUUAUGGAAAAACCAUACUGAGCAGUUUGCACAAUGGCUUAAAAUAAAGUGGAUGUACAAGAGGUUCGAUGAAGCGACGGGAAAUUUUACGGCUGAAUUUGAAGCAGGAGUUGAAGAAUUCAUGACGUUUGCUAAUAGCCAACCAAUAGUCAAGAGUAAUCGGGGUAAAUUUCACUGUCCUUGUAGUGUGUGCAAGAACGAAAAAUAUAUCGUUUCCGGUAGAAGAGUUAUGAGUCAUUUGUUUACUCAUGGAUUUAUGCCUGAUUAUUAUGUUUGGUAUAAGCAUGGAGAAGAGAUCAAUGUGGAUAUAGGAACGAGUUAUAAUGAUAGGACGUAUAAUGAUAGGACGCAUGAUGAUAGGAAUCAGGAAGAUGUGGGUAAUUAUGUUGUAGAAGAUCCAUAUGUGGAUAUGGUGAACGACGCAUUUAACGUGGGGUUUGAUUAUAACGUCUAUCAUCAGGAUGGUAGUUAUCAGAAUGUGGAAGAACCGGUACGUAACCAUUCAAAGAAAUUCUACGACUUGUUAGAAGGUGGAAAUAAUCCACUAUACGAUGGUUGUCGUGAAGGUCAGUCGCAGUUAUCCUUAGCUGCUCGGAUGAUGCAAAAUAAGGUGGAGUAUAAUAUGAGUGAAAAGUGUGUGGAUUCGGUUUGCGAAAUGUUUACAGAUUUUUUACCAGAAGGAAACCAGGCAACAGGUUCACAUUACCAGCCCGAAAAGUUGAUGCGCAAUUUAGGCCUUCCGUAUCAUACAAUUGAUGUUUGUGUUAACAAUUGUAUGCUUUUCUGGAAAGAAGACGAAAAGGAAGAUCAAUGUCGGUUUUGUGGUUCACAAAGAUGGAAGCCUAAGGAUGAUCGUCGAAGAACCAAGGAAGGAGAAAUGUCUCAUCCUUCAGAUGCGGCGGAGUGGAGAUAUUUCCAAGAGCAAAAUCCCCGGUUUGCAGAAGAACCUCGUAACGUUUAUCUUGGAUUAUGUACCGAUGGGUUCAAUCCAUUUGGCAUGUCUCGUAAUCAUUCGUUGUGGCCUGUGAUCCUGACUCCAUAUAAUUUACCCCCCGGUAUGUGCAUGAAUACAGAGUACUUGUUUCUUACAAUUCUGAAUUCUGGGCCAAAUCAUCCGCGAUCUAGUCUCGAUGUCUUUCUCCAACCUCUUAUUGAAGAGUUAAAAGAGUUGUGGUCUACUGGAGUCGAUGCAUACGAUGUGUCAUUGAAUCAAAAUUUCAAUCUAAAAGCAGUGCUACUGUGGACGAUAAGUGAUUUUCCGGCGUAUAGCAUGUUAUCAGGAUGGAUCACCCAUGGUAAACUCUCUUGUCCGAUUUGCAUGGAUAGUACGAAGUCUUUUUAUUUACCUAAUGGAAGGAAGACAUGUUGGUUUGAUUGUCACCGAAGAUUUCUUCCUCAUGGUCAUCCACUAAGGAGGAACAAAAAAGACUUCUUAAAAGGAAGAGACGCUUCUAGAGAUCAUCCACCUGAGUCAUUAACAGGUGAGCAAGUUUAUUAUGAACGGUUGAAGGAAGUAAAUCCACCAAAAACCAAGGAGGUUGGUGGUAACGGUCAUGAAAAGAAGAUGGCAGGCUAUGGGAAGGAGCAUAACUGGCACAAAGAAAACAUAUUAUGGGAGCUACUUUACUGGAAGGCCCUAAAUCUCAGACAUUGUAUUGAUGUGAUGCAUACAGAGAAGAAUUUCUUGGACAACAUCAUGAAUACUCUUAUGAGUGUGAAGGGUAAAUCAAAAGACAACAUCAUGUCAAGAUUGGAUAUAGAACAAUUUUGUUCUCGGCCAGACUUACAUAUUGAUAGUAAGGGUAAAGCUCCAUUCCCUGCAUAUAUUUGGCUAGUUGUGUUGAUAUGGAGAAUGGCAAGUUUUCAGGCAUGAAGAGUCAUGAUUGCCAUGUGUUUAUGGAACGGCUACUUCCAUUUAUCUUUGCUGAACUCCUAGACCGGAACGUUCACCUUGCA